AUGCAAAUUUCCAUCUUCCUUGCCAUUCUCGGUAGUCUUACUAGCGCCCUCGCAGGCUGCAACUGCAAGUGUCAGGACCCAUCCGGCACUGGCCCCCAGUGGGACGAUCUCACGGAGCAAGUAUGCGAUAUGCAAAACGAGGAGAGUAGUACAUUUUGCAUCGAGACGUACCAUGAAGAUCAGCAUCAUCAAUGCUCGGCCCCAAACUGUUGCAUCGAUAGCGGAGACUUUGACAAGCAGUGCAAACAACUAGGCGCCCCUGGUGCUUACUGCUGGAAGUGA